CAAUUUUGCUAUAAAUACAUACAUAUUGAAUUGACAUUCUAUCACGUUACAAUAUCAACCAAGUAUCAAAUCAAACCAAAAUAAUUCACAAAUGGAGGUUGGUAUACUCUUUAUGCUCCUCUUAUCAACCCUUUUCCUCUCAGGUGCUAACUCAGCAACAUUCACAAUCACAAACAAUUGUCCAUACACCAUAUGGCCAGCCACACUCACCGGAGGUGGAACCUCACAAUCGGUCUCAACCGGUUUCGAGCUAGCCUCCAAAGCUUCAACCACUCUCAACAUCUCACCCCCAUGGUCAGGAAGAUUCUGGGCCAGAUCUCAAUGCUCAACCGACGCAUCAGGCAAAUUCGUCUGCGCUACCGGUGAUUGUGCAUCCGGUCAAGUACCAUGCAAUAAUGCUGGUGGAACUCCUCCCGUUUCACUAGUUGAAUUCACUCUUGCAUCAAACAACGGACAAGAUUUCUAUGAUGUUAGCCUAGUCGAUGGCUUCAACCUACCGGUAUCGGUAACGCCACAAGGUGGUUCGGGGGAUUGCAAAGCAAGUAGUUGCCCUAAUAAUGUGAACAAUGUUUGUCCUCCGGAUUUUUCGGUUAAGGGUUCAGAUGGAAGUGUGAUUGCUUGCAAGAGUGCUUGUUUGGCUUUGAACAAACCUGAGUAUUGCUGUAGUGGAGAUUUUGCUACACCUGAUAAGUGUCCACCAAAUACUUAUUCAAAGAUUUUUAAGGAUCAAUGUCCUCAGGCUUAUAGCUAUGCUUAUGAUGAUAAAACUAGUACUUUUACAUGCUCUGGUGGAGCAAACUAUGCUAUCACAUUUUGCCCUUGAACCAAUAUGUGAGAUAGAAAGAAAAGAUUUCAUAUGUUUUUUUUCCAUAUAUUAAUGUAUUUUAAUGUGUGAUAUGAUAUUUAAAGUGCAAAUAAAUAUUUAUUACUCAAAUAAUUAAGACUAUAUAUUUGUUAAAGGUGUUUAUU